AUGGCGAGUACGUCGGGCGAAGGGAGCGAUUUGCGCUCACCUUUUGACAGCGUCUUGACGACUUUCUUACCACAGGGCCACGAAAAGGCACUCAAACAAGCCUUCUACAAUGCCGCCACUGUCUUGUUUAUUGUGUUGUUCUGUGGUGCUGCGGUGGCAGUGUAUUUUGUGUUGGAGAUUUUCUUGAAGCCGCUGUUGUGGGCAGUGUUGUGUGGCACGGCACUUUACCCAUUCAAGUACACACUAACAAGCUAUGUCAGUGGUUGGCUGCAAGGAUUAGAGAGUUCCAGCACGCCUCUCGUCGUUGGUACCAUCGCUAUUCCUCUCAGCCUCCUGAAUUUUGCCUCUGAGCAGCUUGGCCGAUUGAUAUCGCAUCGCUUCACUCUUCUGAUGGCUGUGUCAUUUGGUCUACCUUUCUCGUAUUUGGCCUACCAGUGUUUGGACUAUGUGGUGACGUUCAUGCUGGGCGUCUUCUACGUGUUGUACGAAGGACUGGGAUAUUUCAGUACUUUAUGGGUAUGGACUAUCAUCAUAGCGUACCUACUCCUAGUAAUCUUCUGGUGGAAUGACUCCUCUAAAGCUCUCUUGAGUACCUUAGCCGUACCCGUCUGGAUUAUCCUCCUCCUGCAUCUUGCUAAUCUCACAGGGCCGUUCCGUGUCUUGCUGUUCAUCAUUGUGAUCACCUUGGUAGCACUUGGAUACAGUACUAUGCGCAAGAGGGAAACAGUAAACUUAAUUUCGACAGACUCUACAGAUGGUGCAGAGGAAGUAGACGUCAGCCCAUCUGAAGUAGAAUUGAGUCCCAAGUCAUCUGAACCCAAGUUGAGUACCGAGGAACAAGAGGGCCAAGCUGGCACUGAUGAGACUACAAAGGAAGGAGUUGAGGAAGGGAAUGGUGCUGAUGAGACUGACCGUGACCGCCCGUCAAAGUUGAAUAUUCCACCACCAGCGUCUGAACCUAAGACCGACAGUUCCAAUGACGCGGUUCCGUUGAGUACACGCUAUCUGCUUGGCCUGUUCUGGACGUGUGUUCUGGUCCGUCUGUGGAUGAACAUGUGGCUCAUUCAACUACUGCCGAUUCCAAUCGCCAUCUGGCUGCUGAAGAAAGCCGCUACACAUUCUGGCUUGUGGGAUUUCAUGAAAGCAAAGGUUGAGUCUCUGAAGGUUGAUGGAAUGAACUGGGUAGCGGGUCGAGAAGAUGCUUUUAUUCCUCCGUACAUCAGAGGGUUGACUGGCCUAUUUCUUAAAGGAGACAGGAUGGUGAUUGGCAUGCUUCAGGGCUCUGUUGAUAAAGUGAUCAGUAUCAUCGUCAUAUUGGGAGUAAUGAUCGGAACGAUCAUCGUUGCAUUCUUUCUUGCAAUACAGAUUCAAAGAGAGAGCAUGCAUUUGAUUCAACUCUCUGGAAACCUCGUCAAUGAAACUAUUGCAUCCAAUCCUGCUCUGAAACAAUGGUUCCCUGGUGCAGCUGAUAUGCAGCAAGCUGUAGACUCUGUUAUCAACGAUGCUUACUUGUACGGUAGAGAUUGGAUCUCCGAUAAGGUGAAGAGUUCCAUGGAUGGUGAUGAUGAUAAUAAGGAGGAUGUUGAGCAACAGGUGUUGCAGCUUUGGGAUCAGCUUUAUGUUCACAUUGCAGCAAAGAAUGAGACCCUUGAGGAGCUCGACGAUGACAAACAUCGCUUUCUGUCCGGCUCCGUUGACAUAUCUUGGGACGGAGUCAAGAAGACGUUCAGUAAACUAGACGACAUUGAAGUUGGAGGAUUUGUGGACACGAUCAAAGACAACUUGGAAACUGUCAAAUCGGUUGUUGAAUCCAUUUGGCUAGUGUUGAUCGGUAACAUCAGUCUGUUGUUUACAAUCCUGACUGCUCUACUCAGCUUUGUGUUUGAAGGCAGCACAGCACUUCUCAACUUCAUCAUUUCAUUUUUGGUGUUUGUGACGACAUUGUUCUACUUGCUGAGUUCUAGCCGUGAUCAGUACUUACCCAUGCAGUGGCUAUCUGGAUUGGCUCCUGCUGGGUUAUCUAGCAGUAAAUACAGCAAUGCACUGGAGACUGCCAUUAGGGAUGUUCUUGGGGCUUCUAUCAAGAUGUCAGCAUUCUAUGGUCUCUACACGUGGCUGACGCACACACUGUUUGGCAUCAAGAUUGUCUUCAUCCCAACAGUUCUGGCAGCCAUUUUGGGUUUUAUUCCUUUCCUGGCCACCUACUGGGCGGCCCUACCUGGGAUCAUUGACCUGUUAGUACAAGGAGAGAAGGGCUUGGCGCUGUUCCUAUUUGUCUGUCAUUUCAUCCCGACUGCUAUGGUAGAUACGGCCAUCUACAGUGACAUCAAAGGUGGAGGUCAUCCCUACUUGACGGCCCUCUCGGUUGCGGGUGGAAUAUUCUACUUUGGCCUAGAGGGCGCCCUCGUUGGACCUAUCUUGCUGUGCGGACUUCUUGUCGUGGUUAACAUAUACAGCAAGAUGAUGCGCGGAUCUGGAAGUUCCCCCUCGCUUGCCAGUAUGAGGGGACCCUCAAGAAGCAGGUGGGAAUUUCGCAGAUCAGAAACAAUAUCUUGAAUGGUAUUAUUCACCAGUAAAUGUGGAUUUGAGAAUAUCCCAUUGUCUCAAAAAAAUUCUCCCAAGAUUUGCAGCCGAAACUAAACUGCUGUGCUGUGUGAAAUAAAUAUUGCUGACUGUGUUAUUAACAGGGUAACGUAUGGAUUAAAUGUAAAAUAUUGCGCAUCUUCAAAUAAUUUCAGAAUUUAAAAAAAAAGAGGUCAUUCGACUAAUCCUGAAUCCAACAUGUGAUGCUCUUUCUCAGAGGGCAAAAUGUAUUCCAGCGUUUUACAAAAACGUUGCUGCAAAAACUAAAGAAGUGUGUUGUAGUAUGGCAGUUUGAAAAGAACGAAUUGUGGUACAACGCACUGUUUUACUUGACAUACAAAAUGGAUCAUCAGUAUGUGAAUAUUUUUGUUCCUUGCAGAUCUUUGGACACAAUUUCAAGCUUUUUAAUCUGGUGCGAAAAUGUUGCUGCAAAAACUUAAGAAGUGUGUUGUAACUUGUACCAUGCAAAUAGUAUGCCAGUUUGAUAUAAACAAUUUGUGCAACAACUCACUGUUUUACUAAUUAUACAAAAUGGAUCAUCAAUAUGUGAACAAUUUUUUCUUGCAGAUCUUUGAAAAGAUUUCAAACUUUUCAAUCUAAAGCAAAAAUGUAGCUGCAAACACUCAAGAAGUGUGUUAUAGUAUAAUUCAAAUAGUAUGCAAGUUUGGAGAGAAACAAAAUUUGGGAACAUCUCAAUGUUUUUCUGAAGGAAUGUAUUGUAACAUUUGUUGCAAAUGCAGUAAUUUCAAUUUGAAUUAUGGUGCAAUGAUUUUAAGUAUUUUUUCGUUCACUUUCUUGACAACUCUUCUACCUACUCCC